UGAGACCGUAACAUUACGCUUAAGUCAGAAGUCCGAGGUCAUUGCUAACGUUGGUGAAAAUGUAACAUCAACUCAGUCAGCUUAGCUAAACAUUUUAUUCAACAGCAUGGCGAACGACUUUCCAGUGCCCAGAUACAGCUGCACCAGUCAGUGGUUCUCAGAUUACCAAACGGCAAAAUCCAACAGCAAUCCAGAUUUCCCAACGGCACAGUUUGUGCCAGAAGUCGCUCCGAGAGCCACUUUGCUAACCCACAGCAUGUGUGUUUAAACAUGUUCUUUCUCUUUCAGUCUUUUGCAGUUUGAAUUAGUUUUUUUCCAUUUCCUGUAAACUCUACAAACCAGAAAUAACCUGAAAAACGAGCUGAGAAAGCGAGAGAGCGAGAGAGAGAGAGAGAGAGAGAAUGUGAGUGGGCGGGACAGACAGUAAACUGAAAAACAGGAACAAGGUGAUAACAUGUGUCAAAGUGCACCUGCACACCUGAGUAAAGCCACUCCUUUCCCAGGACGGACACAUUAGAGAUGGUUGAGAAGCGGAGGCCGGAGAAAUGCACUAAAACCCGAUACAGCGUUAAUAUCUUUCAACCCUUUUGACAUCCCCUCUGGUUUGGUUUUGAGGGAUUUAAGAGAUUAGAGUUCUUUUUUUUUUGUUGAUUUAGUUUAGAUUUGUAUUUUUGUGCUUCGUAUGUUGCUCUUGUUUUGAUUCCACAACUUCGCGGCGGCAGCUUCAGAGUCCCAGACUUUGUUUUUCUUUUUGUGAUCUGCUUGCCUGAUGAAGAUGUGGUCCAUGAAGGUGAUCAUUCUCCUCCUCUUCUGCUAUGCUUCUCUUUCGACUGGCAACGAAAGACCGUAUUUUGUUUCAAGGAACUUUUACAACGUGCUCCACUGGGACCUCAUGAAGCCGGCCUUCCCUGGGGAGAAGGUCCUCUAUAGCGUACAGUACUGGAGUGAUGCCACGGAGAAAUUCCAGAUAAAAGAGGAGUGCCAGAACAUUACCGCUCUGUCCUGUGACCUGACUGCAGAAACCCCAUCAGUUCAUGAUGUUCAGUACCUGGCUAAAGUGUACUGUAACGGUCACUCGUGCGGCAUCACCGAAAGGUUGAAGCCCAUUGCACACACUGUUUUUGGUCCGCCCACCGUGUCUACGUACCCAAGAGUGUCGUCCUUGGACGUCAACGUAACCCUGCCUUUGGGCCCAAAGGGAGUCUCCAUUGCCGACAUCAUCACCAGCAGCAAAAAAGGGCCUUCCAAAGCUGAAAUCGUCUUCGUCUUAAAAAUCACCCACCCAACGUGGGCUGCACAGGUUCAUGAAUCCACAACUGGCCAGUUCGUCAUCAGCUUGAAGAACAACCAAACCGAGUACUGCGGCUACGUGGUGUACAACGCUUUAACGGAGUGGGGUCGCCCACCGGGUGAGCAGGCCCCCUUCUGUGUCACACUGCCAGGUGACCCUCUGACGCUUUUGCCAUGGUUUCUUGUUGGCGCUGUUCUCCUGACGGCCGUAGUCACAACUUCAGUUGUGUGCAUGUGCAACUAUGCGAGGGGUGGAAAAGAAAAGAGCAUUCCAAAGCUAUUGGUAACCACCUUCAGCACCCCAACCACAGUCCUGCAGUCUCCAGACAGGAAUCUCAUCAUUUCCAAGGCGGAGGUCUGCAUUCAAAGUGACCAAACAGUUUACGCAACGAUCCGGAUGAAGCCUAAUAUGCCCUCAGUUGGGUCUGGAGGUUAUUCCCCCCAGGACAUCCUCUGCCAAGCCUGGCAAGAUGGCACUGGCUCCUCUUUUGGCACAGGGGAACGCAGCAUGACCCCAAAUCCAGAGAGCACAAGUGCCCAGUCCUCCGAAAUCUACAGUGUUGUAGCCGUCCAUGCACAUAAUGAAGACAUUCAUCAGGCUACCAAUGACAACAGAGAAACCUGUUACCUACCAACGUCCUCAAGUGGAGAAAUCUGGGAUAAAGCUGGAGCGAGUCCAAAGCUGAGCUCGCGUGGAGUACAACCGUUACCUCAUCCCGACCCUUGUGAGGGCAAUCCAGCCAAGCCACUGCUUUUGGAAACAGAGCGGGAUACCAAUGGACUACUUGUGUUGUCUCCACUCGUGUUUCAGUUGCAGAACAGCACAGAUGACACAAUGCCGCCCCUUAACCCAGACAGAAAACCGCUUUUAUCUGACCUCACGGACUCCAUGACGGGGCGGCCAUCCUGGAAGAGCAUCGACGGCUCAGAGUUCUCAGACUCGGGGUGUGAUGAGGGCACCGUCACCACACCAACGCAGGCCUACUGCAACACCCAUUAUUCCCCAUCGCAGCCAGUUGCUCCUUACUUCCAGCAGGGAUGGAAGAACCCACCAUCUCGUGAUGGUGUGCUAGAAGCAGGCUACAAACAAAACUGGUUGCCCGCGAUCCUUCUUGAAACUUCAUCCGAAGAGCGUUGUGAAUACAGAAAGACAGAUUAUCCGCGGACUUGGACGGGUCCCAAAAUGGAGGAGCAAGGUGAGGAAGAUGAAGACGAGACGAGGCACAUUCUUCUCGGAAGUUGGGUGUUACCAAUUCAAGAGUAAUUUGCAAUGAAGGAAGUUGAUGCAGUGCAGAAAGCACUGAUGGGUGCUUUAGUAACAGUUAUGAACUUAAUGUGACGACAGAUGUUUUAAGUCUCCUUAAACAUGCUUUUAACUCAGACAUAUCGAACAACCACAUCUGGAACUUUAAUUACAAAUCAAAGUAAUACAUCAUGCUUUGUUAUUUCGGUUUUGAAAAAAAAAUUAUUCACAUAAUCAUUUUUGACAGUCAUACAUUGUGUGUUUACAUUGGAAGACAUCAGCGAAUAUACAUUAUUACGUCAUGUUUUUUUUGUUUUGGGACUGCAACCAAUAAUAUUAGUUUUUUAAUGUAUCGACUUAAUUUUUGGGUUUAUAAAAAAAUCGGAAAAUAGUGAAAACUGAGAACCAGUUUGAUACUGUAUGAAGAAAAACAGGUCAUCUCUUCAUUUUGAGAAAAAGCAUUUUCUACUAUAACAAAUACUACUAUAGUAAAUAUUUUUUUCAUCAACUAAUUGUAGCAGCUCUACUUUGUUAAACAGAAUUUCUAUUUUGCUAUGUGUUUAUUAUGCAUAUGAGAGAGGGACAUAUAACAACUGCAAUAUAAAGUAUGAAGUUACGCUUACUCUUAACAUUUCGAUGUAUAAAGCUGUGUUCAGACGGCUAAUGUCUGUUUUGUUUACAUAUUGAGGGAAAACCCACCCGACACGUGAUUUAUUUUAAGGGAUUUGAAAUGAAGUUUAGAUCUACUUAAGUGUUUUUCAACAGCGCCGCAAUCACACAGUCAGAGUCGGCAUAUGCAUCUGUGUGCUAUCACCAUGGCGACACAUUAUUACAAUUUAUUACACUCUAAAUACACAAUCUCAAUCUGGUCGCUUUUAAAUUACACUGUGGACAGUCGGCCUUAAAGAUUAGAUAUGAAGUCAAAUGUGAUUGCUUUGUGGCUGACGUUAGCAUCAGACGCAGCCGGGCGCCUGUUGUCCCUUUAAGCUGUUUACAAUGGGACUAACAUGACUGAAUCUCCACUGGAAAUAAAGAAUUGUCCUAGUUUUAAACUUAAACAUAUUUCAGUAUUUUCAGGGUUUGCAUCUGUGGCAUAAUAUAUAUUUUGUAUUUUUCUGACAAAGUUCAUGAACUCAUGUUGGAGUCGUCAUUGUUUGCUGUUCUUUCAGGGGGGAAAUAGUGUGUAAAAACAUAUAAGGUGUGGCCACGCUGAUAACAGCCUGAGCACAAUCAUUAACACACAGUUGUAAAGUAAUAACAUUGACGCGAGUGUUCCUAAAUUAAUGAAUGUAAUAUGCAUUUAAAUUGUGUUUUAUUGUGUGUAGACAGUGAAUUUCGACUGAAAUUCCAAAUAAUUAUAUUGAAGAAUCUUUUCUCUAAAACAGAAAUUCUGGAACUACAACAAUAAAAACUGUCAAACUGUU